AUGGGAGGCCUAAUUUGGGAUAACGACUUUGAUAUAGCUAGUAAAGAAGGUCAACAAUGGAUCGUUACUUUUAUUCGUCUAUUGAAAAAGCAACCGUUUAUUGCUAAAGAUCAAACACUGGGCAAAAGAUGUUUCUUGGAAGAGUUCUUUACGUACAUGAAUACGAAUCGCAUGAAGGACAACCGAAUCUGUU